AGCGGAAACAAAAGAAAUCGCAAAUUUCUAGAAACAAAUUUUGGUGAGCUGGGCAGAGAUACAGGCAUACAACUGACAGCUUUCACUGUUAACACCAUACACCUAACUCAGGAGGGCUGACAUGGCUUUGAAAAGAAUACAGAAGGAGCUACAUGACUUGCAAAGGGACCCUCCUGCUCAAUGCUCAGCUGGACCAGUUGGAGAGGACUUGUUUCAUUGGCAAGCCACAAUCAUGGGACCUACUGACAGCCCAUAUCAGGGAGGAGUGUUCUUCCUCACCAUCCACUUCCCAACAGACUAUCCCUUCAAACCACCAAAGGUAGCCUUCACAACAAAAAUCUAUCACCCAAACAUAAACAGUAAUGGUAGCAUCUGUCUGGACAUCCUGAGGUCACAGUGGUCCCCAGCACUUACAGUUUCAAAAGUGUUAUUGUCCAUAUGCUCUUUGCUAUGUGACCCAAACCCAGAUGACCCCCUAGUCCCAGACAUAGCACACAUCUACAAGCAGGACAAAGAAAAGUACAACAGAUUAGCAAGAGAUUGGACUCAAAAGUAUGCAAUGUAAAGGACUGAAGUUUGAGACAACGGAAGAGGUUUAAGCAAAUUAACUUCAUGGACACUUCUGAAAACAGUACUGUUGCCACCCCUCAUCCACACUGGUUCAAGAAGAAGUGUUGUAUAUGGGAAGCACUUUCUAUCCCCAAACUAACUGCUUUUAUGCUAUGAAGUCAUUAUUUUCCUUUUGUUUGACGUUCCCAAUGUUAUAUAACUUAUUAUCGAGUUAUUUCUGAGAUGACCCAUACAAAAAACAGACCAAUUAUGACUCCACCCCCUCCAUCUUAUAGUUUUUUUCUCCUUUUAGAGAUUUUUAUUGUGUAGUAUAAAGCUAUACUGAAUCUAUUUUUAUUAUUUUGCAUUAAAAAGUUUUUUAAAAAAAUAAAAAAA